AGGAAUCCUACGCUAGUCGAAGCACGUAGCCAAACAGCCUAACAACAUGUCGGAGGUCGAGAAGAAGCCCGAGGAGACGACGCCCAAGGUGGAGGCCGAGGAGGCCGACGCCGCCAAGGACCCGGAGUCGGAGGAGCCGCAGGCCUACUUCGAGCCCGUGGUGAAGCUCGACGAGGUGGAGGUGACCACCGGCGAGGAGGAGGAGGAGGUCAUCUUCAAGCAGCGCGCCAAGGCCUUCUGCUACCGCGAGUCGCUGCUGGACAAGGGCACGGGCAAGAAGUCGUGGUGCGAGCGCGGCGUGGGCGACGUGCGCUUCCUCAAGCACAAGGAGCACCAGAAGGUGCGCAUGCUCAUGCGCCAGGAGAAGACGCACAAGAUCCUGAUCAACCACCUGGUCGAGUCCCGCACGGAGCUCACGCCCAAUAUGGGCAGCGACCGCGCCUGGGUCUUCAGCUGCUACGACUUCGCCGAGGGCGUCGUGGAGACGCAGGUCUUCGCGCUGCGCUUCGGCAACGCCGAGAACGCGCAGAAGUUUAAGGAGGCGCACGACGACGCCAAGGCCAACAACAAGAAGCUCGAGGAGGGCACCGACGCCGCCGACACCUCGGCGGGUGACGACGCCGCCAAGGCGCUCGAGUCGCUGGACGUCAAGAAGGAGGAAUAGACACGAGGCCAGGGGGACGAGUGAACGCCGCAACGGAGUGAUAGGAAGGCGGCGGACUUUUAAGCAGCAGCAGGGAAUAGGCGCGAUAUUCAGCAGGACGAACAGGGCGGACGGACUGGGUUCCGAGCGACUGGAGGCUGCGAAGGCGCUGUGCCGUGCUGUGUUGCGAGCAGGCGGGCGACCUGCCUGCUGAGGUCGGUUUCUUAAUCAGGUUUUUUUUUCAUUUACUACAUUUUUCAGACCAU